AAAAUCAUAUCUUUAAUAAAAACUAAUUAACCAUAAAGUUUUUACUAAUAAACUUUAGGGUUUAAAGAGAAUGGUAAGUGAUGUGAGGCAGCACAUAUCUUCGCUGCAAAGGGAGGACGCCCUCUUGGAGCGCCUCAUCUACAGGAGCAAGAGCCAGCAUCGCGGCACACUCCACUUCCGAAAGCUCCACCAGGCACGAAGGAGCCUCAAAUUGCUUCGCGUUGCUGCCUCCGAUACCUUCCUCUCGGCACUCGAUUUCCAUCUCGAGCCUGCUGUGAAACGCAGAAGGAACAAAAAUGUAGCUUCCGAAUCAAAAGAAGCUGUUUUAAACAUUCUCUGGGGAGUCUCGAGGAUCCUACACGAGCUAAAUGCGCCCAUCCUCGGUGCGAGCAAGCAAAUGGCCGGAUUGCUGGAGCAGGGACGUUUCAUGUCUUACACACUGACGGUUUUGUCGAUCCUGGCAAGAAUUCGAGUUCUCUCCUUCCAGCUUUUGCUCGAUUGCGUUUCGCUCUACAACCUCUUAGCAGCCGAGCUUCGUACUGGCAACUCUCUCGUGACUUUCAACAAGCUCCAACGAGAGCUCCCGGCCUCCCUGGAGUGCAAAUGGGAUGCCGAAAGAGCCCAAUACAAUCUAGUGGAAGCGAAAGCCAACACUGAAGCUAAUUGGUUUGUAGAAGAUCGCCCAAGCAAGGAUAUGCGUGGUCUGCGUCAAGCUGCGAGGAUUUCUUCUUCUUCUGAAGUUCUAGCCGGCGGAGCCGACGUUGCGAAAAAUCCACAGGCUCCCUCUCAAGCCGCAGCCGAGUUUCUAAAGUUCUUGGACACACCAGACGCAAGCGCGAUCAAGUCGAAAAAGGUGGCAUACGUUUCAGUGGCAAAAGUGACCGAUCCAUCACCGACGGAGCAAGCGAGCAGCUCUACGCCCACAAAUCGUUCGACCGAUACACUCUUCAAUCUCUUGCUUUCCGGAAGAAGCACCGAUAGCAUCUUUUGAGAAGGAGAAACAAAACUCCCAGAGCUACAAACGAUAGAUUUUAGAUUUACUUGCCACAAAAUUUUGCUCACGGAGUCUUUGUUGUUACACAAGUAAGACUGCAUUGAUGCAGCCAUCGUUUUCCGGAUUGUUUGUCACUUGAGCAAACUUCCCUGAGAGGCAAGAUGAGUAAAGUUAGCAAAACGUUUUCAA